AUGCCGAUUGACAAAUUUUGUUGUCUUUUUUUCUCUUUGUUCUACUUCUUCUCUUCGGCCUUUUCAGAUGAGAUUGGGUCAAUUCUUUCCCUGAAGUUCGCCCUACAAAAUCCUUCUGCUGCCGUAUUCAAUACAUGGAACCUAUCUUACAACAACAUCUGUGAUUUCUCCGGAAUCACAUGCCACCCAGAUGAUGGCUCUGUGAAAGAUAUCGAGUUAUCCAGCCAAAACUUGUCCGGCGAGGUUCCAUUUGAUUCAAUUUGUAAGCUCAAAUCCCUGGAGAAGCUUUCUCUAGGCUAUAAUUCCAUCUCUGGACCCGUCACGAACGACUUGAAGAACUGUGUCCAUCUCAAGUACCUCGAUCUUGGUAAUAAUCACUUCAAUGGAGCUGUCCCUAAUCUCUCUACUCUCAAUCAACUAACAUGUUUGCACCUAAACAAUAGUGGAUUCUCUGGUAAGUUUCCAUGGCAUUCAUUGUCAAAUAUGUCGGAUUUGACUGUUUUGAGCGUUGGCGAUAACCAUUUUGAUAAAACAUCAUUCCCGGAUGUUCUCUUAUCCUUGAAGAAGCUGAAUUGGCUCUACUUAUCAAACUGUAGUAUCAAAGGUUCGAUUCCAACUGGAAUUGGGAGUCUGACGGAGCUGAGGAAUCUGGAGCUAUCUGAUAAUUAUUUGGAAGGCAGGAUACCCAUCGAGAUAACCAAAUUAAAGAAUCUUCAAUUGCUAGAGCUUUACAAUAAUUCUUUGACCGGAAAAUUGCCUAUUGGUUUAGGUAAUCUUUCAGAUCUUGAAUUCUUCGACGCUUCAGACAAUCAACUUCACGGGGAUUUGUCGGAACUUAGGAAGUUAACUAAUCUUGUAAGCUUGCAACUUUUUUCAAACGGAUUUACCGGUGAGAUCCCUUCAGAGCUGGGUAAUUUCAGGCGGUUGGUGAAUCUCUCUCUUUAUGAUAACCAGCUCACCGGUGAGCUCCCACAAGAACUCGGCUAUUGGUCUGAAUUUGACUUCAUUGACGUGACAGGAAAUUACUUAACGGGUCCAAUUCCACCGAAUAUGUGCAAGAACGGUAAAAUGAAUCAACUUUUGAUGCUACAGAACAACUUCACUGGCGGAAUUCCGGCGACAUACGCCGAUUGUCUAUCCCUGAAAAGGCUACGAGUCAGCAAAAACUCUCUCUCCGGCGAGGUUCCCAGCGGCAUUUGGGGAUUACCCAAAGUGGGUUUGAUCGAUAUUGCUAUGAACAACUUUGAGGGUCCAAUAUCUGACCAAAUAAAAAAAGCAGCUUCUCUGGUAGGAUUACGUGUAAACGACAAUAAAUUAUCCGGCCAUGUUCCGAUAUCGAUCAAGUCCGCAUCUAAUCUUGUGGAAAUUGAUCUCAGUAAUAACCAAUUUUCCGGCAGAAUUCCGCCAACAAUCGGACAAAUGUAUAAGCUAAGUAGUCUCCAUUUACAGAACAACAAAAUCUCUGGUCCUAUCCCACAAAGCAUCGGUUUGUGUGUUUCUCUCUAUGACAUAAACAUGGCUAACAAUUCAAUCUCCGGUGAGAUACCAUUUUCUCUUGGCUCACUUCCAGCCCUCUAUUCGCUUAACUUGUCCGGAAACCAACUUGUCGGACUGAUACCAUCUACACUUUCUUCUCUCAAACUCAGCCUACUCGAUCUCUCUAAUAAUCAUCUCCUUGGACCAAUUCCAGAUUCUUUUAAUUCAGAUGCUUACAAUGGAAGCUUCGCCGAAAACGAAGGCCUCUGUAGCGACAGUGUCGUCGGAUUCCGACCCUGCUCGUUGUCGGAUUUCGGCAACCUUUACGAACGAAAACUCAUAGUUCUCAUACUCUCAUUGGCAUUUGUUAUCGGAUUUUGCUCUUUUCUGGUUCAGAAUGACUUGAGGGAGUUAUUUACAGCAUCCCUAAGUCGAUUGGAGAAGCCAAUCGCCGGAAUAGGUAGUGACGAAGCAUACUCUUGUAAGGAUAAUGAUCACCAUCUAAUCCAGAAUGAGUUGUUUUGGGCUUUGAAUGAGUUGAUUGGGUGGACCAACAAGGAAGUUUCUUCAUGCUUAUCUAGACGGCGUCGCGAUGAAGAAGGUGAUCGAAGGACAAAACGACGUCUUUUUGAUGCUUGUAUGCGUUCUGGUGGUAUUCCGUUGGCGUUCCGUUAG